GAGCUGAGGGAAGGAGGAGUUUCCACCAGAAGUUUGUGUAAAAACCUGCACUUCUCUUUCAUGUAGCCCCCCUCAACAACUUGUAGAGCUGCUCCAACCAAACUUCCAUUAAAUAUUAUGGAAAUUCCUGCCAUAAAUCUAAAGGCCAUAGUCCUGGUACAUUGGCUGCUUACGAUAUGGGGUUGCAUGGCGUGGCUGCCCUACUCUUAUUCAUGGGGGAACUUCAGUGUUUUAGCAAUCGGGGUUUGGGCCAUUGCACAGAGGGACUCGAUUGAUGCCGUGCUCAUGUUCCUGAUGGGGAUGCUUGCCUCGAUAUUGACCGACAUCAUCCAUUUCAGCAUCUAUUACCCAACCAAUGACCUGUCGUUAGACCGGGGGAACAACGUGUUUCGCUUCAGCGCUGGCAUGGCGAUCCUCAGCCUGCUGAUCAAACCCGUGUCCUGCUUCUUCGUCUACCAAAUGUACCGCGAGCGUGGAGGAGAUUACAACGUUAACUUUGGUUUCCCUUCAGUAACUCGAAACAGAGACGCCUACCAGUCCAUUGACCAACAGGAGGAGUCUUCCGCCCCGGCGAACCCCUUCAACCAGCAGCAGGAGGUCAAAACAGCAGCAGCUCGCUCGUACUGAGAGGAGCAGCAACAAUGCAGCAUUUCCCCCUCUGCCCUCUUAUGCAGCAGUGCAGCUCUUCGUUUACACUUCACAUAAGUAUUUAUAUUUUGUACGGGGGAGGGGGGGGGUCUGCAGAAAACAGAAUUUGAUACGUGUAUGAUUGGUCUGUUUGAAUAAAAUGCAGAGUAGUAAACCAAUUAAAUUCUGCCGUCAAAGGUCAGAACAUUUUUUUUUUGCUGAGCUGGCACAGUGCUGCUGAAUAAAUACAGAGGAACCCCCCCCCCCCACUCCCAUGCUGUGUUACUGUUGUUUCUGCCGACUAUUUUUAGUAGAGAGUGAUGAAUGUGUUCAUCAGUUUACUUUCCCCCCGUGAGUCAGUUUUCUAACCGUGGUACUUAUACACGUUAAAGGGAUAGUUCUGAUUUUUUUUAAAGGGGUCGUAUGAGGUGAUUUUCAACACAUAGUUUAAGAGGAUAAAAGAGUACAAGCUGUGAUGUGCACCGCUGUGGACCGAGUCUGCUUCAAAACAUACUUUUGCUUCCACUCUUCAAAAGAUUUACGCUACAUUUUCUCACACUAACUUUGUAUCAGUUUGGUAUUUCUAAGCAUGGUGUGCACGAUGUUGCAUCAUAGAGCCUUUUUUUUUUUUAACGAGUCAGAAAGUGUGAUAACAAGCUAAGUAAGAAAAAUUGAGAUUCUGCUUUGAAUUUUAAAGACAGUGCAUGCUUGUGUUCUUCAGCGUUGUUAAAACAGAGAGUGCUCCGGUCAUCUUGUAGAUUACAAAGAAAUCUGUUCAGUGAUAAUGGACUCACUGUGCCGUCACUCUCUCCUCUGAAUAUAAACGUCAACACUCCUCAUGCAACACUGAGACAACUCCAUUGUCUUUAUUAUCAUUAACUCCUGAUUAACAUGAAAAUCAAACGAGGAAUGCUUCAGCUAGCAUCCUGCUAAAUAGCACGACUGAACCAAAACUUCAGGAAAGCGAGCGCCUACAAAAAGAAACGACAAACCAAACAACCCCCAGAAGUUUCCCUCUCUCUCUUUCUCUUUCUCUCUCUCUCUGUGGGUCAGUCUUAGUUUUUUGUCUCUUCUUUAAAGUGAACAUGAGCAGCUGAUUCGAUGCUGUGAGCGGCCUGUGUAGGGAAACAGAGUUGUCAUGUGGUUGAAGUCCCAGAUGAGAGAGAUAUCUGACGACAAGCUAAAGCCGUAAAAAUAUUCCAAAAAAUAAGUGUACACGUUUUUUAGAAAUAGAAAAAUAAUAUUUUGCCGGUUUAUGGAGAGGACAGCUGAAGAGUGACAGUAGACACUGGGAGGAGAGAGCAGGUGAAGAGGUGCAGCAAAAGGCAGAGGUCGGAUUUGAACCCACAGCCGCUGCGACGAGGGGCUAUCCAGCGCCCAGAAAAGAAGUGUCCACUUAGUUACAUUCAUUUUUCUGAAAGGGUUGGCUGAUUUUACCCAAACAUGUAAAGCUAAAUAUCCACAGCAGAACAUGGACUAGCGUCUGUGACACCUCAGCUACGUCCUCACCUUUAAAAAAAAAAAAAAAUCUGAACUAUCCCUUUAAGAUUAAUGUCUGGUACUCUUGAUGAUCUGUUUACAAUGACAUUCACCUUGUUAUGUUGCUCCAGUUAGCUUUAAGACACAGCAGCACUUAAAACACUGGAUGCUUUCUCUCCUACGAGAGCCUGAAAUCACAAAUAAUGAAGAUAAACGCCGUGCCUUAGAGAUCUACUUCCUGCUUUUGUACUUUUACAACACGAUGUGAAGUCAAGACCUUCAAGAAAUGAAUACCAAACUGAGGUUAAAAGCAUUUUUUCCCCUCAUGACUGAGCAAGAAAUAACCCGCUAGCUUCUGUUCAUUUUUCUAAAAGUUUGUUUAUGCACAUAUUAAGAGUACAACGAUGUCUAUUACUAUGAAAUAAACCUUAAAAGUGUUCAAAUAUAAAACCUUAAUAUGAUUAUUAUUACACUGAUGUGCUUAAAAACAUGUUUCUUUCUCUAUUCAAAACAAUUAAUUUGAAUAUUUAUCAUCAUUUUCUGUAAGUAGGCGACCUCUAGACUGACUGAAUUUGUUUUUGUGAAGUUAAACUUCCAGAAAGUACAUUUCAGUCCACAUGCUGUGCAGCCUCUUUGUUCCUGCUGUAUAAAAACACUGUGAUGCGCAAUAACACAUACUAUAGAGUGAUUUCAUUAUUGAAACGUUAACAGUAAAUGUAGCUCCUGAAAUGCCUUCACUGUGUCACAUUUGUACUCCCUGAAUCCUGAAUUUUUCUCUCUGAUUGCAUCAUUUGUUUGUUUUUUAAGUCAUUUCUCUUUUGAAAGUGUUUCAGGUUAUGAGUUCCUGUUUUGAAAUCAAAUCGUGAUGACCUGCAGGAGAAAAAAACCAGGAUGUGUUAACCGUGUUGGUCACAGCUGCAGUAUGAAGGCGUCUUUUACUCGUAUAGAUCAUAAAGGAGGGAAAUUAUUCUCCUACAUACCUCAUGUCGUUUAACUUUCAUAUUUGGUAAUCAAAUAAUAAAACUGCUAUUUCAAAAUUGUAGGCAACCUGGAACUUUUUAAAGUUUUAAUCACAGGCUGUAUAAGACAUGGACGUAGUGUCAGUGAUGUCACAGUCUGGUUUCUGAAGAACCUUUUUGGAGCCAAACGAUGGUGGUCCCCAUCUUGGAAAUGCUGUCUUUCCCUAACUUUUUGUCAGUCCAGGUGGAGCUGAGACUCCUGGGAAACUGCUAAAGCAUGCCCACCUGUCAGUCAUCUCGGCCCCGCCUCUAAUUCUACACAUUUAUGAAUAACUCUCGGAUAACGCUUAAUUAAAAUCAACAACAGAUGAGUUAUAAAAAAACAUGCUCUUCACAGUGUGUACCAAAAAUGAAAUGAAAGAUAACACAUUUGUUUUUUGAAAGAUAGUGUACAAAUACACAUUUUAAAAAGUUGCCCUAAUGGGGAUUGACUCGCUUUGCAGCCCACCUCAAGUGGAAAAGUGGGAAAAUUGUAUUUAAUUUCUUCUUAGCUUAAUUCUUUAAAAACUAGUCCAACGUCAGAAUCGAAAUACUCAGACAAUAUUCUUUACUUUUAGUUUUCUUUUUCAAACAAAAGAAAACUACGACCAGCCUGUCUGGAAACACACCUGUCUCUUCAUUGGGAAUGAAAAGAUGUGAGAGGCUCAAGUUAAGGACUUUAAAUGACUGUUAUUCAGCUUACAAAAUCAAGGUGUUGCUACAUUAAGAUCGUUUGAGUAAGAUGAAAAUUAAAGAUG